CCUGUGGUUUAAGUAAUAAACAAAAUGGCGUCUACUUCUCUUUGCCGUAGUAUUUUCAUCACAGGCUGCAAUCGCGGCCUGGGUUUAGAAUUUGUUAAGCAAUUUUUAAAGCUUUCUCCUCCUCCUGAACACAUUUUCGCAACCUGUAGGGACUUGAACGCCAAAAGCUGUGAAGAACUCAAGCAACUUGCCUCUGAAAACUCCAACGUCUGUCUUGUUGAACUGGACGUGACUGAGUUUGAACGAAUAAAAGGAGUUGCCCAAGAAGUUAGCGACAAACUUCAAGGAAAAGGCCUUAAUGUCUUGUUAAAUAACGCUGGGAUAAUAUUUCGAGAGCCAAGUAUCGAAGAUGUUACGGUUGAAAUGAUGGUGGAUCACUAUAAAGUUAACACGGUUGCUCCCCUAAUGAUAACACAAGCAUUCCUGCCCUUGUUGAAGAAGGCUGCCACUGACCCAGAAGAAAAGAGCUACAUAAAAGCAGCUGUUCUAAAUAUGUCUUCAUUAGUUGGUUCUUUAACUAACUACAAGAAAGGAGUCAGAUAUCCUUAUCGAGCAAGUAAAUCAGCUCUGAAUUCUGUUACCAAAUCAAUGAGCGUUGAUUUGAAGCCCUUUGGCAUCAUAUCCGUUGUCUUGGAUCCUGGUUGGGUAAGGACAGACAUGGGAGGUGAACAAGCUCCACUUGCAGCUAGCGAGAGUGUGUCAGGCAUGAUGGAAGUGAUAAAGUCACUGGAUGAGUCUAAGAAUGGCAUGUGGCUUGACUAUAAAGGAGAUAUCACACCUUGGUAAAUUAUUUCUUGAUGUACCCAAAGAUUAAAAAUAAAAUAUAGCUAGACAUGA